AUGGACUUCUUCACACCCUCUCGAGGAAACAUUGCGUCGUGGAUGAGUCGGACACCUGUUCCGCCUAACGAUGAAGGGAGUCCCAUGUUCCAGUUGUGGCAUCAAUAUGAUCCUGUUCAAGGCUGGGUCUCCACUCGCUGGGAUGAUAGCGACCCGGCAGAGUCAACCAACACAAAAGAUACAUCCAAUAUAACACUCCUGACAUGGAACAUCGACGCAGCAGCGUCCCGUGAACCGGAGCGAACUAAGGAGAUAAUCAACUUCAUUACUUCGCGGGAUCCUAAAGUCGAUAUUGUUUUCCUGCAGGAAGUCUCAAAGUCAGCCUUGCGACACAUCUUAGAGGACGAACGCAUUCGCGAGUCCUGGAUUUCAAGUGAACCAGAUGACUCAGCUUGGGGCAACCGACCAUUUUCAACGAUGACCUUAGUAUCCAAGACGCGUUUUACCCUAAGGUUAGACUCUGGAAUCCGCAGUAUUGCUCGUGGUCUCAUCUGGCGCGUGAAAUAUCCAAGCCACUUUGGUCGAGAUGCGCUAUGUUGUGAUCUUAUUCUUCCUCCACAAGGGUUCGGACAAUCAAGUACGCGAAUACGUCUGGCCAAUGUUCAUCUGGACUCACUACCGAUUAAACCAUCCCAUCGACCCACGCAGCUAUCUACUCUUACUUCCUUUCUGCAAUCUGCAGGCUGUGGACUAAUAGCUGGUGACUUUAAUCCAGUUCUUCCGGAGGAUGCCAUCCUUGUUGAAGCAAAUGGUUUAACUGAUGCUUGGAAGGCUCUUCAUGACAACGACCCUGGUUUUACAUGGGGAGUAGAUGGAAAGCAGCGCUUCCCACCAAGCCGACUCGAUAAAGUUGCUGUUUUGGGACUGGUGCCUCACAGUAUCGAAGUUUUGGAGCCCCAACUUCUUUCAACUUCGGUCCAAUCGGAACACGAAAAUGAUGACGCUCCAGAAGAGGUCUUCUGGAGUGACCAUCACGGCUUGCUUUGCUCUUUCAAUCUUUCUUAA